ACCCCGGCCGGUCAGACCCGCUGUCAGUCACCAAAACACGCUUCAAAUCUUCUGCCGCCCGAGCAUGGAAGAGUUGGCAAGGGAGAGUAUCAGUCUGUUGGCUUCAGCCUCUUCCAAGCAGCCUCCGGAUGUGGGGCCCCGGCUCGGCUCCAUGGGGGCCGUCUUUAUCAUGCUGAAAUCUGCUUUGGGCGCCGGGUUACUGAACUUUCCCUGGGCGUUUGACAGAGCAGGGGGCGUCCAUAGCGCGGUCACUGUGGAGCUGAUCUCUCUCGUGUUCUUGAUCAGUGGUCUGAUCAUUCUGGGCUAUUCUUCAUCCAUCAGUGGCCAGCUCACCUAUCAGGCUGUGGUGAAGGAGCUGUGUGGUAAUGCCAUUGGUCAGCUGUGUGAGAUCUGCUUUGUCCUCAGCCUUUUUAUGAUCUCUGUGGCCUUCCUGAUCAUAGUGAAUGAUCAGCUAGAAAAGUUGUGCGACACUCUAUAUGAGUUGGUGACCACUACGCCCAAAUCUGAGAUGCCCUAUCACUUUUAUACUGACCACCAAUUUGCCCUGGUUCUGCUCUGCGUCUUUCUCAUCACGCCUCUUUCCAUCUCCAAGGCAAUAAGCAUCCAGAAAUACACAAGUGUUCUGGGGACUCUGGCUGCAACCUACCUGACUGUAGCCAUAAUCAUCAAGUACUACACCAUGCCCAAUAUUCCUGAUCACCAAACUCCUCUCUACUCAAGCGGAACCAGCUCCUGGGCAUCUAUGUUCAGCGUGAUUCCAACGAUUUGCUUUGGUUUUCAGUGCCAUGAGGCCUCCAUUGCUAUCUAUAGCAGCAUGGAGAACCAGCGGCUCUCUCACUGGGCUCUCAUCUCUGUCAUCACAAUGGUCAUUUGCCUCCUUAUUUACUCACUCACAGGGGCUUAUGGAUACCUGACAUUUGGAAAAGCUGUGGAUCCGGAUAUCUUAAUGUCGUACUCCACCCAUGACAAACUCAUGCUUGUUGCCAGGCUUUUGUUUGGGGUCUCCAUCAUCACCAUCUAUCCUAUCAUCGUGCUGCUGGGCAGAUCAGUGAUUCAGGACCCCCUGCUGAGUUGGUGGCGGAGACGGGGUGGGGGGCUGCUGGCGAAGUUUGAAAAUCGCAGUCGGUACGUUCUGACGGUCCUGUGGAUAACAACAACGCUGCUCAUCGCUGUGUUUGUACCAGACAUCAGUAAAGUUAUCAGCGUCAUUGGAGGGAUCAGUGCAUUUUUCAUCUUCAUAUUCCCAGGACUCUGCUUGAUUUUUGCUAUGCAGUCUGAGCCAGUAUCCUGCAAGACCAGCAUCGCCCUCACGAUUUGGGGAAUUGUGACUCUGAUCUGUGGAGCCUUCAUCUUUGGUCAGAGCAUCACGAUCGCUGUCAUGGAGCUUCUUGGAAAGAUCUGACCUCCCUCUGACUCCUCAGGGUUCCUUCUGUGAAGUUUGAACUGUUUCACACCUCUUCUAUUCAGUUAUGGCUAUAAGGAUAUACAACAAAAGCUGAACACUGAAAAAUACAAAGACUUUCACAGCUAACAGUUGGAGGCUUUCUUUACAUUGUGAUACAGCCUGUGAAACGAAUGGCUGUUGAGGUUUGAUUUAUUUUCUAUAUGAAAUUAUUAAUUGAAGCUACACUGUGUUCACAAAUAUUUCUUUGCUGUGUCCAUGGUUGCGUAAAUGUUCAAUCGUUUUCCAUGUUAUCUCACUGACGUGGUUUUGCACUGGUUUUAUUCGUUUUAUUAAAAAAGUUUCAAGCCUUA